GUCGAUUAGCAAGAUUCAAGAACCACUCCGGAUAAGAUAAAUCAGACCAUAAAGAGAUUAUCAAUGGCUUCUCUGGCAUCAAAUUUGUCAUGGAAUUCAUCUUCUUGGCUUAACAACCGCACCCUAACAAGGAGCACCAACGAAGGCAUCAAAAUUUCCGAUAAAAGCUCAGAUUUUGUAAUUUUGGCUCAAAAGAAAGCGAAGAAAACUCGAAAGAUAAUACUGAUUGAGGAUGUUACUGAUGUGGGGAAGAAAGGGCAGCUUUUGGAUGUCAAAGCUGGGUUUUACCGAAACUUUCUACAUCCUUCCGGAAAAGCGCGGAUUGUUACUCCCAUUCUUCUCAAGGAAAUGAAGGUUGAAGAAGAGAGAAUUGAGGCUGAAAAGAAACGGGUAAAAGAAGAGGCCCUACAACUUGCUAGAAUUUUUGAAACUGUUGGAGCUUUCAAAGUGAAACGUAAGGGAGGGAAAGGAAAGCAAAUUUUUGGAAGUGUUACUGCUCAAGAUCUUGUUGACAUAAUUAAGGCACAACUUCAAAGGGAUAUUGAUAAAAGAAUUGUCACUUUACCCGAGAUCCGAGAAACAGGAGAAUAUAUUGCAGAGUUGAAGCUUCAUCCUGAUGUUACUGCUCAAGUCAGGUUGAAUGUAUUUGCCAAUUAACAAAAUGGCAAUCAACUUAUUUAAAUAGGGCGUAUUUCAAGGAUGAAAACUGUGAAAGUAGUUUUAGAAUCGCAAAUAGAGCUGCCCAAGUUUCAAGAACAUAUAUUUUUUUUUCUUUUAUUGUGUUUUAUAUGCUCACAAUAUAACAUUGGUAUGAACACAUGCUUGCUCUUAUUUGUUGAUAUUUUGGAUUAUUAGUUCAUUUCCAAUGAAAUUUCGUGAAACAUUUCUACA